AUGGGAUUAGCCAAAUUGAAGAGGAAUAAGAAGAAGAAGAGCAUCGACCAUGGCGGUGAGCAGCUUGUGAGGCUCCAGGCUCAUCUUCUUCCGCGAAUCCUUUCGAUGCUCUUGGCAAUGCUCUUAUCGGAUAAUGAACCGUUAAUGAGGACACUGUCCAAGCUAGUCAAUCUUAACAAUCCAAAUCUUGUCUUGUUUGUUGGAGAGGUACUUGUUGGAAAUGAUAUUGUUGAUCAGCUUUCAAAGUUUAAUCAGGUGAUUGCUCCACCAAAUAUAGUUAACAAGAUGUUGAGUGUUGUGACAGGCAACAGUUCCAACAUGAGUGACACUCUUCUAGGUGCAACAUCAUCUUGCAUUCCAUGGAGAACAACAGACCCAAAAUAUGCUAACAAUGAAGUUUAUGUUGAUCUUGUUGAAGAAAUGGAUGCAAUUGUAAACAGGGAUGGGGUCUUGGUGAAAUGUGAGAUAUAUGGUGAAGUGCAAGUGAACUCCCAUCUCUCAGGCGUUCCUGAUUUGACUCUUUCAUUUGCAAACCCUUCUAUUCUUGAUGAUAUAGUCUUAGAGUCUUGUUGUACAACAUUUGUAGAAGUUCAGAAAAGGGGAAAGGAUAACUGGCCUGAGUUUGAGUUGUACGCCGCUUAUCUUUUGGUUGUCAUGGCUGUUGACAUUGCUUUGGUUGGCAUGUUGGCACUCUAUGCUCGAAUUGGAAAGCCAUCAGUAUCACGAGGAUUAUUUGGAAGUUAA